GCUGUGUCUUCCCAACCAAUUCUGGGAAAACCAGUGACAGUAGCUGUGUCUGUCUUUGAAAAAGCAAUUGGACUCAUCAACUGAAGAGAUCCCACGUACAUGAUGUAUCACCUGAAGCAGCCCGCACUCCUUCUUGUGUCACUUAUGCUGCUACGCUGCUUCGCCACUGCCCCUGGUAACAGGUACUUCACGUCGACUAAUGACCAGGAAGGUGCUCUUCGGGACAGUGAAGGCUGGCUCAUUCCCAGGAUUAUCUCUAACCCUUUCCUCAACCUUAUGGGUGUGCGGCAGCAGAGAGGGCUUACAUCUGUCAACAGCCACCAUAUAGAAAAAAGGAAGUGCAACACGGCCACGUGUGUGACCCAGCGACUGGCAGACUUCCUGACCCGCUCCAGCAACACCAUCGGCACGGUGUACACCCCCACCAACGUAGGCUCCAGCACCUACGGCAAGCGGGAGCUACUACAGCCUCCACCCUAUCUGCCUCUCUAGUGGUGAUUCCAAGCCCACCGUUAUAGAGGCUAUGGCUGAAACGACCUCACCGCCAUGUAAUGGCCGAUAUAUACUUUUCAAAACAAACACGACGGCUAUAUAUCAAUAACUUGAGUUUUUGGUUCUAUUAUGAAAAUAAAAAACAGUGCCUUUUGGUUUAGAAGAUUAACAAAGAAGUAUUUGUUCCACCAAUCCGACACUGAUGAGGCGCUUGACUCGGUUCCGUAAGCCUAAACUGGUUAAACUCAACACUAAUUCCACAAUAGCAUGUGUUUUCAGAAUAAUAUGUUGACUGCCACUAACAGCACCAUGACACUAUGUAAAAUGUUGGGUAUUUGUACAUUUAUUUAGUGAAUAUGUUCGAUUCUGGUCCUGAACAAAAUGUAAAUGUUUUAGAAAAAGUAAAUGGAUGCAUAAGGCAUAGAAAUUACACCUGUUGUUCCGCUGUUCAUAUGUUUGUGCAGGGCUUCUUUUGUAAUAAAGUUUCAAGAUAUUUUGAAAUUUGUUGGUUUCAUGGCUGUA